AUGUAUGUGAAAUGGCUUGAUACAGUAAUGUUUUACUAUGUGAUUUUAGUGAUUUUAGUGAAUGUCACUUUUUGUCAUUUUCAAAUUUCCCGCCGUUCCGUCCCCCAUACGUCCCGACGCUCGCAGGGGACGGAACCCAGAAGACAGAUGCCGGCAUCCGCCAGAUUACAUUGCCGGGGACACUGCAGGAGGGACAUCGCGGGAGCGCAGGACAAAGUAAGUGAAGAACAGAGACCGGAGCAGCGCCACAUGGUAAGCCCGAGUGUAGCUCGGGGUUACCACUUGUGCUACACUCGGGAAUACCGCCAGGGAGGCUACUGCUUA